AUGGCUGAGCUGAUCGGUGUCGCUUCAGGCAUCGCGGGCUUGGUUAACCUGACUUUGACAGUCUCCCAGGUAUCGUACGAAUACAUGCAGAAAGUCCGAAAUGCUCCAAGGUCAACUUCGCGGUACUUACAGGAGGUUCUUGCCCUGAGCGCAGCGCUUCUCAGAGUCCAAGAGACUUUGUCUCUUCCGGGCGUCGAGUCGACCUUUUCAUCUGAUAAAGAUCUCCUUCCAAAGUCGCUCAUAGCAGAAUGCCGGAAGGAGCUCGAGACUACCAACUUUACGUCAAAAGUUCAUGCUUUUGCCUGGCCAUUUGAGGAGAAGGAGACGAAGGAGAUCGUCGAAAAGCUCGCCCGAUGGAGCAAUAUUUUCAACUCCAUUGUGACUACGUGUAGCUUGCGGAUAUCAAAUGCCACGUUGACGGCGGCACAAGCGGAUAGAGACGAAUCCCGACGUACCAUUGUCCUAGAUUGGAUCUACUCAAAUCCUUCGGCCAUUAACAACAACGAUGUCUUCCGAAAUUAUUGCGAAGACACAUGUUCCUGGAUCCUGGAUGAUCGAAAGUUCCGCCGCUGGCACGACGAGGGCGGAAAGAGCUUGUUUUGUACCGGUGGGCCUGGCGUGGGCAAAACCACGCUAGCGUCCUUUUUGGUCAAUCAUCUUACCUCCACGAUGUCGGCUACCGCUCGUGUUCUCUAUCAUUAUUUUGACUUUAGAGCAGAGCAUCAAUACCACACGGGUGUUGCAGUGGUCAGGAAUCUCCUUCGCCAGUUGCUUGAGAAUGAUGAUCAUCUCCCGGAACAAGUAUUGUGUUUGUAUGAGAAGGCGGGUCAGACCAAGACUGAACCGACUGAUAAAGUUUGGAUUGAUACGUUAUGUAAACUGAUCCCUUCAUCGCCCCAAGUGUAUGUCAUGAUUGAUGGUUUUGACGAAUGCCCCGAUCACCUUGGCUUGAGCAGAUUCUUUCGACACCUCAAGCAGACCGCAGCAAAGACUUAUGUCGCCGGGCGCGCUCCCAUCGAUCUUCCUGUUGACUCCACCGGCCAUCGAUGGGUCGAAAUCAUAGCGCCGAAGUCAGACUUGGCCACCUUUAUCAAGUCGUGCCUCGAAGAAGACGAAGAAUUGGAGUCUUUGCUUACCGAAUCACUUAGAGAUGAAGUCGUGGAAACACUGAUUGACUACGCAGACGGAGUGAAAGUGUUUCUUCUGGUCAAGAUGGCUCUGGACAAUUUCACCGGCUUCACCACCGUCCGCCAAAUCAGAAAAGCACUGCUCAAUGUGCCGAAAAACCUCCGCUCCGCCCAUCAAGCCACCCUUGACAGAAUUUUGUCCGGUCCGGCGGCAAAACGAGACUUGGCAUUGAAGACUCUCGCCUGGGUACUGAGAACUAAACGUCCGCUGACGUUGACGGAGUUGCUUCAUGCAUUAGCCUUGGAACCAGACGAUGUCGAAGUCGAUCCCGAGAAUCUGACGACACCGAAAACAGUGAUCGGUGCGUGCUUGGGAUAUAUCGAGCAUCGUGAAAGCAAUGACCUUGUACAGUUCACCCACGCUACGGUCGAAGAGUACCUUGAUUAUUAUCGCACUGAUAUUUUUCAACGUUACGAUCUCGAAAUUGCUCGCAGUUGCGUCAAUUAUCUUGCUCAGCCAGCCUUCGCACGCGAGCCUUGCCGGACCUUGGAUGCCAUGGUUACUCUACUGACGGACUAUCCACUUUUGGGUUAUGCAGCCUCACACUGGGGUGCCCAUGCCGCAAAGUAUCAGAAAGACUUGACCGUGGAAAUAUCUAAGCUCUUACAGUCGCAGAAUUCAGUAUCGAAUGUGGCACAAGUAUUUCAUUACUUGCGCAGAACGAAGGGCCAGCUGGUCAAGGCGGCCUUCGCAGAGUUGCCGCAGGCUUUCGGGAAGAUGCAUUUAUUAGCACUCUGGGGCCUUAAGGACAUUACGGCCUUAGAAUCACCCAGCGACAACGAGAUUACCGCGCCAGACUCGCUUGGCCGGACCCCACUCCAUUGGGCUGCGGCUCGAGGUCACCACGCCAUGUUGGACUUCUUGGUGUCGCGCGGAGCCCAUAUUGAGUCGAGAGAUUUACGGCGUUGGACACCGCUGUUCUGGGCCAUCUUCUGGUCUCCCCUUGAUGCUCUCCGUUACCUGGUUGAUCAGGGAGCCAAUAUCCAGGCAAAAGAUAUGGACGGCAAUACACCUCUUCACAUUGCUGUCUCUCGCGCCAAUCCCGAGAUUUGUGAUGUACUUCUGAGGCGGAAUGCCGAUUGGUCGGUCAAGUCAUUCCGCGGUAGCUCACCGUUUGACCUAGCGUUAAGGUCACAGGUCCCUGAAAUUGCUAGCAUGUUUUUAGAUCUCAUGAAGCCUCAUCCCAUGUCAGUCAUGGCAGGCCAUACGUUCGAGGAGACCGUGCUUGAGCGAGCUGUCGCAUGGUUUCCCGCAGCGCCGAACAGCGUUUUUAGAGCUACACUCGAAGGCGAAACAACCGCCGCAGAGCGCAGCGACUGGCCUCGCCCACUGCUUCCAAGGCUGACACAUUACAAGGAAGAGCUGCAGCAAAAGGAUCCUAGCCGACUGACCUCUAUUGGUUUGGAAAUUAGCCAUUCUUGGUUUGCGGAAGAUUUGAUCAAUCAAAAUGACUAUGUGGCCGGCGUGCUUGCAUACGCUAUCCUGACCGAGCACACAGAAAUGGUGAAGGCUCUGAUUGAUACUGGAGUGGAUCUCAACAAGCCGUGGCCUCGAACAUACGCCCGGAUCCAAGACCAACAAUUUCCGGUCCUGCUUGCCUCUUAUACAGGCAACGUGGAGCUGAUAAACAUGCUUAGAGGGAAGAUUUCCCAUGCAUUUGGUCUGGCAAAGCUCAUUCGCGCACACCAGAGCAGACAUUGGCACAGCGCAGAUCAGACCACAGGAUCCACAACAGAAGUUAAGACUUCCCUUGAUCUUGCCGAGUCGCUGGUUCAAAACGGUGGUGACGUCAAUCUUCCAGACCGCCUCGGAAAUACGCCACUACAUGAUUCAGUUCAAACCGGGCAGGUCGAAGCUGUGCGAAAGCUGAUACAGCUCGGAGCUGAUGUCAGUAUUCGAGCGAACAAAGAAUCACAUUACGGGGGAGAAAGAUUCUCGGACGGAGACGGAACAGAGCCAAAGCUACAUUUUGACGGCCAUACACCAUUUACUUUAGCUUGCAUGAAUCAUGAAUUGGAUAUUGCAUCUGCUCUUCGCGACGCUGGAGCGGUCCUGCCAGAGGGCAUGGAUCUUCGACAGCCGCUUAAAAGGGCCAUCGCAGAUGGCGAUCGGACUGCUCUCCGGGUUUUAUUCAGCUUUGGCUCUGCAUCGCUCGUUGCUGGCAGCGAUGCGGACGAAAUACCACUAUUGAUAGUCGCGGUACGCUCUCUUCAAUGGGUCGUGGACGGUCGGGGCCAGGUUGAGUCAGACUUCCGAAGACCUUUUAUCAAGUCACACGAGCACGUCGACCCCUUAGAGGCACCCGAGAAAUAUCGCUUUGUUAUUGAACUCCUCCUGAGCGUGGGACAAGAUCCGAAUGCGACAGAUGACAACGGCAGGACUGCCCUUCUGGAAUCCCUGGAGUACGAUUUCAACAAGGAUACUGUCAACAUUUUGCUGAACCAUGGUGCAAACGUCCACGCAAGCGAUAACCGUGGCAUGAACGCUCUCCAUGUUGCUGCUGCUGCCGGCUUUAUUCCGUUCGUCAAGCUUAUGCUGUCUCACACGUCUAAUGAUGACAACACGCCACUCUCCCUCGCCGCGGCAAAUGGUCAUGAAGACGUGGUGCGGCUGCUCCUGGAACAGGAUAGUCUCGACUCCGGAACUAAAAAUCGGCACGAUUGGCUUCGGCUCAGCCAGUGUUACAACGCGAUCAAAUCGCGAGACGUCGAACGAUUUCGUGAUCUAUCGUGCCAGAUACUCCCUCCCGCCUUUGUGGAUCGAGCAGGCCAGACUUUGCUGCACCUCGCAGCAGACACUGGCAUCGAAGAAAUGGUUUCCAUACUCAUUUCACUCGGGGCAGACGUCAAUGCACAAAAUAUUCGUGGUGAUACAAGCUUGCACAUUGCGGCCGCGUCUGAGACUCCAAAUCCAGCUGUGAUCAGGUUGCUAGUCAAUAGCGGCGCAGACAUGGAAGCUAGAAACUAUCCGGGAAAUUCUUACGGGAUUUACCGAAUUCCACACGAUGCUUCGGCAUUGCAUCUCGCAGCAUAUACGAGCAAUCUGGAGAUCGUUGAGGCUUUGUUGGACUGUUUUGUCCCAAGGUUUGGCAAAGAGAAAGCAUUAGGCAGAGAAAAAGGCGUACAAGGGUCGCCUCAGCCGAUGAGAGCGGGUAGUGAGCCCGUCUCUUCGUUAUCUUCGCCUGCCACCUCGCGCUCGCCGUCGCGCGAGCGCUACAGACAUUGGGAACCACCAUAUAUCGACUUGACUUCUGAUCGCUGCGGACGUACCGCGCUUAUGUGUGCUGUGGAGGCUGGAGAUGUUGCCACUGUGAAAUAUUUGCUAGAAAUGGGCGCCAAUGUGAACGCAAGUGGCGGCAGAGGAAGCUGGGGUUUCAAUGCACUUGAUCUUGCUCUUUCUGCUCAGAAGAACAGCGACUUGGAUGGAACUGGGCAGACGGCAAACGCAACGAAGAGCGAGAUGGUAGAACUACUUGAAAGUCAUGGAGCGGAAGUGUUUGAUUGGUAG